CACUCCACCUCCACCUCCACCAUAACUUCAGCGUGCACCUUCCUUGUAUAGUGCUGCUUCCUUUUCUAAUUCGUGCACUUCCUUUCGUUUCCCCAUAAAUUCUAUUCCAAUCUUCGCCCAAUCUCCCACAGCUUUUUCCUCGCAGUACAAAGCCCGGUUUUUUAUUUUUGAAUUUUCCCAUUAGAGGGGACCUUCGGAUUAACUCUGUAGUUUUCUUCCGCGCCAUCUGUAACCAUGGCUUCUACCUUGUCCUACGGCUCUCUUAAUCCCUCAACGACAUCUUUCUCAAGAACCAAUUUCUCAAUUCCUACUUAUAAAGAAUUUUCAUUGGAUAUUCCACCCGUUGGAAGCAGAACAAUUAAGCGUACUAAGAAACUGCUGCCAAUUGCAGCUGCAGUGGCAGAAGCGCCAUCCGGUGCUUCCCCCUCAACAGAAACUGUGACUGAAAAUCACGGGGAUCAAACUCCUGGAAAGAAGAUUCGGAUACUAGUGGCCGGCGGUGGGAUCGGAGGUUUGGUUUUUGCUCUAGCUGCAAAGAGAAAAGGGUUUGAAGUUUUGGUGUUUGAGAAGGAUCUGAGUGCUAUAAGGGGGGAGGGACAAUACAGGGGUCCAAUUCAGAUACAGAGUAAUGCAUUAGCUGCGUUGGAAGCCAUAGAUUCGGAGGUUGCUGAAGAAGUUAUGAGGGUCGGUUGUAUAACGGGUGACAGAAUCAAUGGACUCGUAGACGGAGUUUCUGGUUCUUGGUACAUCAAGUUUGAUACAUUCACUCCUGCAGCGGAACGUGGGCUUCCAGUCACAAGAGUUAUAAGUCGAAUGGCCUUACAAGAGAUACUUGCCCGUGCUGUUGGAGAAGAUGCCAUUAUGAAUUCCAGUAAUGUUGUUAAUUUCGUGGAUGACGGAAACAAGGUGACAGUAGAGCUUGAGAAUGGUCAGAAAUAUGAUGGUGAUCUAUUGGUUGGAGCAGAUGGUAUAUGGUCCAAGGUGAGGAAAAAGUUAUUUGGGCCAACAGAAGCAGUUUACUCUGGCUACACUUGUUACACUGGCAUUGCAGAUUUUAUUCCUGCUGACAUUGAAUCUGUUGGGUAUCGAGUAUUCUUGGGACACAAACAAUACUUUGUAUCUUCAGAUGUUGGCGGGGGGAAGAUGCAAUGGUAUGCAUUCCAUAAAGAACCGCCUGGUGGUGUUGAUGGCCCACAUGGAAAAAAGGAAAGGCUCCUUCAUAUAUUUCAGGGCUGGUGUGAUAAUGUAAUAGAUCUAUUAAGUGCCACAGACGAAGACGCAAUUCUACGACGAGACAUAUAUGAUAGGACACCAAUAUUCACAUGGGGAAAGGGUCGGGUGACCUUGCUUGGUGAUUCUGUCCAUGCCAUGCAACCAAAUAUGGGCCAAGGAGGAUGCAUGGCUAUCGAGGACAGUUAUCAGCUUGCACGGGAGUUGGAUAAUGCAUGGGAACAAUGUAUAAAAUCAGGGUCUCCAAUUGACAUUGAUUCUUCCCUCAGGAGCUAUGAGAGAGAAAGAGUACUGCGAGUUGCCAUUAUUCAUGGAAUGGCAAGAAUGGCAGCUCUUAUGGCUUCUACCUAUAAGGCAUAUCUUGGUGUUGGUCUUGGCCCUUUAGAGUUUUUGACCAAGUUUCGAAUACCACAUCCUGGAAGAGUUGGAGGGAGACUAGUAAUUGACAAGGUUAUGCCUUUAAUGUUAAGUUGGGUCUUGGGUGGUAAUAGCACCAAACUUGAAGGGAGACCUAUAAGUUGCAGACUCUCCGAUAAAGCAAAUGACCAGUUGCCGAAAUGGUUUCAAGAUGAUGAUGCACUUGAACGUGCUAUUAAUGGAGAGUGGAUUUUAUUACCAUUUGGGGAUGAAGCGGGACUUCUGAAGCCUAUAUCGUUAAGUCAUGAUGAGAAGAAACCCUGCAUAAUUGGAAGCACCCCGCAAGAGGACCAUCUAAGCAGUUCAAUUGUAAUACCUUCACCACAGGUUUCUCAAACACAUGCUCGAAUUAACUACAAGGACGGCGCCUUCUUCCUGACUGAUUUGCGCAGUCAGCAUGGCACCUGGAUAACUGACAAUGAAGGAAGGCGGUAUCGGUUGCCUCCAAAUUAUCCUGCUCGCGUCCAUCCGUCUGAUGUUAUCGAGUUUGGUUCUGAUAAGGUUGCAUAUCGUGUGAAGGUGAUAAGGUCUGCUCCAAGAUAUUCUGAGGAAGGAUCGGAGAUUUUACUGGAACGAUGACCCAGAUUCUGGCCAAUAACAAGUUAUUUUGGGCUAGACUGUAAUUGUACAGCACAAAUUUGGGACUAGAAAGCCAGAACCUGCGAUUUUUGAGUCGACGGUCAACACAAGAAUGGCAAUGAUUUGGCAUCGAAAUAGUGUCACACGAACUUGUAAUUGUAUCAUAGCAAUUGCUAUUUCACACAUGUUAAUAUAAGAAAGCAAAUUGAGGUAGACUCAUCUCUCUUUUUGAUGCGUA